AGCGGAGCUGCAUCGCCUAGCACAGGAUUGUAACUGUGGCAACACGUUACAACCAAUGUUGAGAGAUAGGAUCGUCUGCGGAAUUCGGAAUGACUGAAUUCAGAGGCGUCUCUUGUCAGAAAUAGACCUCACUUUUGACAAGGCCCUGUCAAUUGCAGUAGCUAUGGAGACUGCAAAUAAAAAUGCACAGGAUCUGCAGACCUCUGGGGCGACAGCAAAAUGUUUCAUCCUCACCAAAGGACAACAGGAUAGUCGUACCUUUAAAGGAGAAAGCAAAGAGUGUUAUUGCUGCAAAGGAAUCAAGCACAUAGCGGCAGACUGUAAGUACAAACAAGAAAAAUGUCAUGCUUGUGGUAAAGUGGGACACAUAGCCAGAGCUUGUAGAAGCAAGACUAAACUAAACCAGAAAAGGUAUGGAUUGACAUAUGUAAAGAGUGACAAAAAGCAGAGUUCAUACUACAGUACUCACAAUGUGGGCGAGAAAGCAGAUAACAGCAAAACUGAUAGCUUUGAAGACGACUCUUUCACUCUGAACUGUGUCAAGCGCAGUCAAGGGCACAAACGAAAACUGUUCAAGUUCGGGCAUGGCAGUGUGGUACACUUGAGAAAAGUAGACCCCUACACUGUGGAUAUGCAAAUUGAUGGGAAAAAGGUGAACUUUGAAAUAGACACUGGAUGUUGCCUAACACUCAUGAACAAAGCGACAGAGAAACAGGGAAAGACACCAAGCCCCCAUAGCCUCCAGCCCAUCAAAAUCAAGCUGGAAACUUAUACAGGGGAUCCUGUUAUGGUGAUUGGUGCAACACAAGUUAGAGUCGAAUACAAGCAGCAGGAAAAACAUCUGCCCCUGGUGGUGGCCCCAGCUUGCUAGGUCGAGGUUGGCUCGA